AUGAUUGUGCUUUCAUAUAAUUUGAGGGGGUGUGGGAGUUCGGCUAAGAGGAAGUGUCUUCGUGAGCUUAUUCGUACUGUCCAGGUAGAUGUUUUCUUUAUUCAAGAAUCCAAAUUAAGUAAUUUUGAUUUGGUGGAUGUAAAAUCCUUAUGGGGAGAGGGAGAUAUGGAGUGGAGUGCUAAGUGGUCAGUGGGGAGAUCUGGAGGUAUCAUGACUAUGUGGAAAGUUUGGCUUUUUGAAGUGCUUUACAGUUUCAUUGGCGAUGGUUUUUUGGGGUUAUCUAUGAAUUGGCCAGGGAAGAUAGUGUAUGUGGUUAAUGUGUAUGCUUCUUGUUUCCUUGAUAAGAAGAAGGAGAUGUGCAAUAAAUUGAGGGAGUUGAGAAAUAAAUUUCAAGAGGGUGAAUGGUGCAUUGGAGGAGAUUUUAAUGUCGUGUGUGAUAAAGGGAAAAGGAAAGGAAUUGGAGUUCAGAUGGAUGGUGGGGAAAUUCAGGAAUUCAAUGAGUUUAUCUCUUUGAUGGAUCUGCUUGACUUGCCGGUUCUUGGUAAUCGUUUUACAUGGUUCAAUUUGGCUGGGUUAGCUUGCAGUAGGAUUGAGAGAUUUUUGUCGUUUCUGGAGGAAGGAUGGAAAGCUUUAUCCAAUAUUCGUGGCAAACCUGGAUUUGUGCUAAAAGAGAAAUUGUCAAAGUUGAAGGCUAUGAUUAGGAUAUGGAAUAAGGAAGUAUUUGGUGUGUUAGACUUGGAUUUUAAUAAUACAAUUAGCAAUCUCAACAAACUGGACGCUAUGGUGGCUGCUGUUGAAGGAGGUAUAAAUACGGACAUUGGUGAGGCUAGGAGUGUUGCAUCAAAAUCUUUGUGGGAUGCGGUGAAUAAUAGGGAGAGUAUGCUGAAGUAG